CGUAUAUUAAUUCAUCUCUUCACAUCUUUUCGUCGACUCUCAAUUAACUCACCUUUCUCUGUCUAUCUCAAUCGGUACUUUGCCGGUGAGAAAUGUAGAAGGAAGGACCAUCGGACUACGGCGGCGAAUUUCACAACCACUGGAAAUUGCAGUUUCGAGCUUCGGAACAAACAAGAAAUGCCGCUGACUAGGUACCAAAUUAGGAACGAGUACGGCUUGGCGGAUCCGGAGCUGUACAAGGCCGCGGAUAAAGAUGAUCCCGAAGCUCUUCUUGAAGGCGUUGCCAUGGCCGGCCUCGUCGGAGUCUUGCGCCAGCUCGGUGACCUCGCCGAGUUUGCUGCUGAGGUAUUCCACGACUUACAUGAAGAGGUCAUUUCAACGGCUGCAAGAGGCCAUGGUCUUAUGAUUCGUGUGCAGCAACUUGAGGCAGAAGUUCCUUCAAUUGAGAAAGCAUUUCUGUCCCAAACAAAUCAUACACCUUUCUUCACUAGUGCAGGACUUGACUGGCAUCCUAAUGUGCAGUCGGAGCAAAGUCUUGUUGCUCGUGGAGACUUACCUCGGUUUGUCAUGGAUUCCUAUGAAGAAUGCAGGGGUCCCCCGCGUCUAUUCCUUUUAGACAAGUUUGAUAUUGCUGGUGCUGGGGCAUGUUUGAAGCGAUACACUGACCCUUCAGUAUUUAAAGUGGAGAGAUCAAAUAUUGAGCCUCAAAGGGAGAAGAAAAUUCGUAAAGUGAAGAAGAAAGGACCACGUUGGAGGAAUGGAGGGACACCAGAAAUUGGACCAACAUCUCAUACCAAACUACAUCAAUUAUUCUUGGAGGAACGCAUUGAAAGUUGUUUUAGUGAUCCUUCACGGCUUGUAAAAUUGAAGAAAAGGCAAUUCAAUGGAUGUAUUGACUCCAAAAAUGGCAAAAGCUACAUGGAGAAAUUUUUGAAGACUCCUUCUCCGGAGCAUAAGAUGGUUUAUGAAGCAUCAGUUGCUGCACCAACUUUGCAUUCAAUGUCAGAUAGUACCAACGAACUGGGGCUUAGAAUACUUGAUAUCACUACGGUGAGUCCUGCAAGCAAGUCUCCUGGAAGAGAAAGUGCAUGUUCUUCAUGUAUAGCUCAAGAAGAAGAAUUAAAAAGACCAAUCAAUGGCGAUGUUUCUGGUGACGGGAUUUUCAAGAUGCCUAAAUCAACUGUAGAUGACGAGAUUGAGACAACUCCCAGUCUUCAAUUGGUGGUGGUUGAAAAUCACUUAGAAUAUGGAGAAGGGAAAACAGGGAGCAGUAUAGAUGGUUAUCGUUCUGAUGAGGUAAUCAGUGAAGUAGACAAUUAUGUGGACGCUCUUGCUACUAUGGAAUCAGAAAUAGAAACAGAUAAUGAACCUAGAUCUAAAACAAUUAACCUUGAACAGAGAAGUGAAUCUGAUGCUAAUGCCGAACACCUAGAAACCCAAGCUCAACUAUCAGAUUCACAAUCCUUUGCAAACUCCUCAGGAUCAGAUGAUGGUAUCAGUUCAUUCAAAAGAGAGAGAUCGAGUUUUUCGUGCUCUGAUACAGUAAGUAGUUUGGUUGACAACAUUCAAUAUGAUUCUGAAGAAACAGCUAAAGUAUUACCUUCAAUUCCUAACGCAUGCAUGGUGGAUAUUGAAAAUAUGCCAUGUAAUAUGGAUUAUGCCUCUCAUUCUCAUGAAAGCAAUGCUAAUGAACAUGGAGUGCUCGAUGAUACUAGUGUUGAUGAGGAAAGAAUGUUAAAAUCCGAAGUACCCGGAGAUUCACGUUUUUUGGAUUCAAUUUCCCCUCAACCACUGUUAGACCCAGAAUCAUGCUUGUCUCCAUCGUUAUUGGUAGAACCGGAGUUGUAUAAAAAGGCAUCUAUUGACCUUGUUAAUAGUUUGCAGACAUCAAGUACAGAGACAAACCUUGGUUGUGAUAAAGAUGUUCAACUCGAUGUCCGCUCCGAGGCUGUUAGUAGCGCUAACCACACAAUUCCCUUUGAGGGUUAUCACAGUAGAGAUGGGGAGGGCGUCGAUGUAGAUGCCACAUCUGAAAAUUCAUUACAUCUUUCGAAUGUCUUGGGGCAAGCAGUUGAGAUUGAAGCGAUAGAAAAGGUCGAGGAUGCAAUGCUGCAAAAAGAAUACCAAGAUGAUAGAACUAUUGACAAGCAAGAAAUUGAAUCUUCUCCUAGUUCGUUAUUACCCUCUGAGACUUCACAUGUUUCUACAAAUGAUUCUUCAGAUUACAAAUAUAAUGUCAUUGCCCUGAAAGGCGAUGAUAACAUUGUGGCAGCGGAAGCAAAAUAUGAAGACUUACCUCUUGCAGUAGAUUUAUCGCAGACCCAGGAUUUGAAGGAUGACAACGUGGUUGCUGAAGCAAAAUAUGAAGACUUACCUCAUGAAGCAGAUUUCUCGCAGACGCAGGAUUUGAAGGAUCAAGUGGAAAAUGUAGCAGAUGAUGUUCUAGUUGAAGAUGGUAUGACAGAAACUGAUGUGACAUGUUCUGCGAGCGAUGCAAAUAUUGUAGAUUUAACAAGGGCGGGUGAUAAUGGAAAAGUAACCAUAUUCGCCCAUGCUGAUGGUACCUCAAAAGAACAGCAGCUUUGCCAUCCAAAUGAUACCGUUCCCGAGCAUUUGAAUUCACGAGAGUUUGUUGUAACAGUUAUUCCCGAAGGUGUGACUUUGCCUAGCACUUCUACUUCCUCCCAUAAUGAAAUUACUUCAUCAGGUGAUCUGGACCAUGAGGACUCCAUGAAGCAUAGUAAUUUUGCAACUGGAAAGGUUCAAGAAGAUGAGGUUGUUGAUUUUGUGAACUGUAAUGACAUUGUGACUGAAAAGGCUCAAGCAGAUGAAGUGGUGAAUUCUAUAAACUGUAGUGAAAUUGCAACUGAAAAGGUUCGAGCGGAUGAGGUGGUUGAUUCUGUAACCUGUAGUGACGUUGCAACUGAAAAGGUUCGAUCAGAAGAGGUGGUUGAUUUUGUUAACUGUAGUGAUGUUGUGACUGAAAAGGUUCAAGUAGAUGAGAUCAUAGUUCAAGAGGAUGAUGUGGUUGCGUCUACUUCAAUUGUAGCCACAACAGCUACUAUCGCUGAAGUUAUACCCCAGAAUUUAUAUCAUUCCAGUGAUGAAGAAAAUGUAAGCACUGAUAAACUUCCAACUGGAGCACGUCAAGCAGAUGGAUUUGCUUUUGAUGCUGAUCCCACGACUAGUAAUGAUGUGAAUGGAGCUGUUAGCACAUCCUUGAAUGAUAUUUUAUCUACAUCAGAGAAUGUGAAGAGUGAUUACCAUCUUGGCUUAGAGAAUUCAUAUCCAAAUCAGAAUGAAUUUAAAGAUGCUUCAGAUUACUCUGGAACCAAAGUAAAUCACAUAGAAGUUGCUACUGCAACUUUAAACUCCAAAGACGAAUCGAUUUCUGGCUAUACAGAUUCAGUUAUUGAUGAUCUUUCUUUUGGCCCAAAAUCUUCGGAACUAAGAAAUCUAGAAUCAAAAACCAAUUCUUCUCAUCAGGGUGAUCUUAAAGAGGGCAUUGAACUUAUAUCUCCUCCCCCUCUAUGUUUCUCCUCCGCCAUUGAGACUUCCAGUGGACCGUCACCAGGUUUGCAGGCUAAACACAAGCACAUGGAGCUUGUACAAGCAGAUAUUGAUUUUUCCAAUUCUUCACUCCUUGAACAACGAUCUCCUGGUCAAUUAGAUGAAGAGAAAGUUGAGCUGGCACAGUCUUCAGACCCAGUCCAGCAGGAUCAAAGUUCUAAAUGUAAAGCUAGUGAAGCAACCAUUCAAGCUGGGCAUUCUCUAUCAGAGUUACAACAUCCAAUUGGCAAACUCAAUGUGACACCUCGUACAAUGGAUACGUUACCUCCUGUCCUACCUAGCUACAUCCUGCUGCCUGAGGUACCUCAAGUCAAUUUGAAUGAGAUGCCACCAUUGCCUCCUCUACCUCCAAUGCAAUGGAGGUUAGGGAAGAUUCAACAAGCUUUUCCUGCUCCACCUGGUAGUGAGGAUCCACUUCAAUCUAUAUUACCACCAAAAGCUGAAGAAAAGGGUAUGUGUUUAGAAUUAUCAGAUGCAGCGCCUUUACAGCCUGAGAACCCCUACACUUGCUUUCAAGAUAACAAGCUUACACAAAUAUCUGGUAAUAUGGUACAUAACACAAUGCAGCCACCUCCAUUCUCAUUGCAACUGCCCGUGAUUAGCAACCAAAACUAUGAUUGUAGUUCUGCCACCAUGGAGAAACAAUAUAAUAACCCAUUUUUAACAUUACCGCCAAUGCCCAAGGAAACCCCAGAGCAUGAUUCGCUCAAGUCUGAUGGAGAAGUACAGUCUGAUUUGAAACUACCUUCACUAGGACCAAGAAACGGCGAUGUAAAUUGUAAAACUGAUGAUGGAUCUUCAUAUGGGCAGUCAUUCCAACCGUUUAGUUACUCAGCAUCAGAAAUAGUCUUAAAGCCUGAUAUACCUCAACAUGCAUCACAAGAUUUUGGAGGACAGAUAAAUUCCCAUGCUAUGAUGGCACCUCCAUUGUUCAUGAUGAAUGAACAGUCUCAGGACGAUUUACCAACUACAGAGGAAGAAGUGGCUUCAUCUUCUAACACAGCUCAUAUGCCAUCAACCUCUGGGGUUGGUAUGCCAAAUGGAAAUCCACCUACUAGUAGUAAGCUACUUCGUCCACGAAGUCCUCUCAUUGAUGCUGUUGCUGCCCACGAUAAAAGCAAGUUGAGAAAAGUUUCUGAUCGGAUACUACCUGAAAUUGGACCCAAGGUAGAUGAAAGAGAUUCACUUCUAGCGCAGAUUCGAACCAAGUCCUUUAGCUUGAAGCCCGCAAUCGUAACAAGACCCAGUGUGCAGGGUCCAAAAACCAAUUUGAGGGUUGCUGCUAUCUUGGAGAAAGCAAACGCAAUUCGCCAGGCAUUGGCUGGAAGUGAUGAAGAUGACGACAGUGAUAACUGGAGUGAUUCUGAAUAAACAUUCAUCUCCUUCAAUCCAUAAAUAUUCCAUCGCUGCUUUGCCAUGAACGAACUGGGUUGAGAUUUCUCGUUCUUCUCCCUUAAAUGGUAAUUUCGGUAGUUUAGCGUUACUCUUCUUCUCUAAGCUUCUUCAUAUAUGUAAAUCAUACGUCACAUGUCCUCCCACACCCUCUCUAUGUUCUCUCUAUCUUGGUUUAUCUUUUGGUCCCUUGGCUCGGGUUCAUCAACAAAACAGUACCACCCGUCAACCAAACGGUAUACGACAUACAAUACGAGGUAGAAUGUUAUUCGACAUGAGGUGGACCGAUCACAAUCAGUGUUUCUGGGUAUUUGGUAAAAUCUUGGCAAAUGUAAAUGGUAUUGGAAUGGAUUAAAUUUUGGUAUGUAACAUACUUUUGAUGUAAUUUUUGUAAUUGUAGUAGCGUCUCAUGCAUAUUUUUGUGUCAUCACCUUUAUACUUCUGUUCUGGCCCCGUAUAUUAUAAUGGCCUCAUUUCUUAGUACAGUGAAAUUCUUUGGUACUGUGACAUUUUAUACCAAUAUAUAUUCAUGUUAUACAGACUUAGCUUUA